AUAAAGCGUUUCCCUGUCGGAUGCUUUUCAAUGCAGCAACGGUGAGAGGUCAGUGAAACAUGCCUGUGACAUUGUAGGUUUUUAGUUUCACAGGUAACUUGUUAACUCUGUCAAAUUAUUAAAAUGUACAGAAGGAUAAUUCUACUGGCAACAAGGAACAGAAGCGGGAUAAGCCGUAUUGCAGAGCACAGUAUAAACAUAACAAAUCAACAAGAAACGAAAAGAAUAUCGGUGUCAACAUGCCCUAACCGGCAAAGGAUGCUCUAUAACAAGGGAGUCUGUACUCCCAACAAGAGGCCGUUUAGCACAAGCACAACCAUCUCCAAAGAGAAUGAAGAGUCUUCCGCACCUAAAACUGGAGUGACGGAAGCCAAGGUGAAAGAGAAGGAGCCAAAGAAAUCUGGAAAAGAGAACCUGUUAGAUCUCCUGAGUGCAAUGAAAGUAGACGUGACCACAAAGAAGAAAUUCCAGGCUUUAAAAUCUCAGAAGAGCAAGGAGCAACCAAGAGUUCACCCUGAAUCCAUGGAGAGUGCAACAAGCAUGUUUCAGAAAGCUACCACAGAACAGCAGGCUCAGAAAGAGUCCCUGAGCCCAGAGCUCGUUGCCGCUGCCUCUGCGGUUGCUUCCUCCAUGCCUUUGAAAAAGAGUCAGACGGAAUCAGAGCUGCUGCAACAGCUACGGAAACACGAGUCGGACACUGAGGUCCAUAAAAAAGGAGAAACUAACAACAUUGGUAACAUCAUUGCUGACAUGAAGGUAGGCAAGCACCCCAAUGCUAGAUCGCCUAACAGACCGGCCAAUCAGAUUCGCUUUGAUGACGAUGGCCGUGGCUAUACUCACGACAGAGGAGUUGUGAAUGAGUUUGAUGCAGUCAGGAGGAGGAAAAGUUUGUUCACUGGCAAGAGACUGAAUAUUUUUCCAUCCACAACGGACACAACAGAAACAGAACCCAAAGAAGUAUCCGUUCCCUCCCUGUGGGACAUUGAGCUGGCUGGUCAGAUUGCAGCUGUUAUCAAACACCUGCCCCGGAAUGGAUUUGAGGAAAUGAUCCAGUGGACAAAGGAUGGAAAACUCUGGCAAUAUCCCAUUAACAACGAGGCUGGUCUUGAGGAAGAAUCAGAUGUCGCAUUUCAUGAACAUGUAUUUUUAGAUAGUCAUCUGGAAGACUUCCCAAAGCAAGGACCAGUUCGCCAUUUCAUGGAACUUGUCAUCAACGGGUUGUCUAAAAACCCCUAUCUAACCGUCAAGCAAAAGAUGGAGCAUAUAGAAUGGUUCCGUGAGUACUUCCAGCAGAAGGAGGAGGUUCUGAAGGAGAGUGAAGCGUACUGAGUAGACCUGGAGAUCAGGGGGUCACAAACCAGCUAAAUGUAACGCUCCUUCUACGCUGUACAUAAGCAUCGCUAUUGCAUUGGAAAACCUGGGAGUCCAGGUCUAUCCCAUCACCCCAAAUCAUGUUAAAUUGCUUUGAUCCUAGACCAAGUAAGUCAAUAUGGGCUUGUGUUGAAAUUUGGUAUCUUGUGCAAGACAGGAACGGGAUGAUCCCCAUGUAAAGAGAUGUACAGAAUUUUGCAGCAAUGUCAUAAACAUUAAAAAAAAAAUGUAUUGAAUGAUUUAAUUGAACAGUGUUUUGUUCAUGUGACAAUUUCACCCUGCAAAUACAUGUAGCAUGAUAACUUACAUGAUCCGAUAAGCAGAUUCCUGGAUUUUUAUAAAUUACAGUUUGCAACACACAAAAAAAGUUUGAAAACUACUACAUAAAAAAACUAUAAUGCAAUACACAACAGCAUUUUAAGCUUUUGCUUGGUUGGAUGUGUUUUUUUUAUAUGAAAAAAUCUGUCUGAUAACAAGUAACCUCUCUAAAAACUAAAUGAAAAAGUGUAACAGAUACACUUGUUUGUACCUUCACAAAACUCAAUGUGACUGCAUGAAAAUGAAUAAAUAACAUACCUGCUUGAUGUAUUAGCCUGAUGCACAUUUAAUAAAAGCUCUGCCCUUUUAGAAA